CAGCUUGGAUCACAGAGCAGUUAGCGCAGAAUCACGCGUGGAAAAGUGGACAAGUGUAGCGCGCCGUGUUGAAUGGGAAUUAUCUCCAAAGAAACAGCGCUCUUCUUCAUCACUGCGGCUCUUUUUUGGGGAAGUAAAGCCAAUUCUGCUGGUUCUGCCGCGGCUCCGCUCUGCGUCUGUAGCCCGUUUGGAGGGCUUUCCCCCCCCUCCCGCUGUAAUAUUUAUGACAAACACUCGCAAAUUAUUCUGGUCACGUUUUUGGCUGUCCUGGAGAGCGCUGGAGUGGAUCUGCUUCCAGUGCACGGGAGAUAGCGCAGCGCAUUGACACCUGCAGUAGGAUGUAAAGGGAAUUCCCACUCAGCAAACUGAUCGGACUAUUUCCCGGUUUGGUCUGGUUGAAGCCAGCACAAAGAGGAGAAGCAUGAGCUGCUGCUGCAGUGGCUGUUGCUAUGUGUGACACAGUGAGGUGGGUCAAUGGAGACCGAAGGCUACCGUGACCUCCUGGAGACCAGCGAUGGGCAGGGGGUGAACCCGCUGGAUGGAGGGGGCGGAGGGGCUGCAGACGAGGCCUGGAGCACCCCAUACCCUCUGGGUUUCCAGGUGUCUCUGACCACAGUGCUGAUGCUGGAACUAGUGCUGGGCUUCAGCAGUAACCUGACAGUCCUGGUGCUGUACUGCGCUCAGUCUAACCUGGUGGACUCUGUGAGUAACCUGGUCACUGUGAACCUCCACGUCCUGGACAUCCUGGUCUGUGUGCUCUGUCUGCCCCUCACUGUGGCCGUCAUCCUGGUGCCGGCCAAUGGGAGCGGAGUGGGGAGCCUGGCCACUCUGUGCUGUUUCCAUGAGGCCUGUGUCACGUUCACCAGUGUGGCCACAGCAGUCAAUGUGCUGGUCAUCAGUUUGGACCGUUAUGACAUCUCUGUGCGGCCGGCGAGCCGCCUGCUAACCCCGCGCAGAGCUGGGCUGCUACUGGCUGCGGUGUGGGCGGUGUCUCUGGCUGUGUUCUUUCUACCCUUCAUCGAGGGGGACUUCUUCUCCAGCAGUGAGGAUGAGGAAGAUGAACCUGAUGACUCUGAGUUCACCGUUGGUCCAGCCCUCUCCUUCUCCACCUCCCCCUCCACUCUGCCCUCCUCCUCUCCUCCACACCACCUGAGCCCCGCCUGGCAGAACCGGACACUGCUGUGUGUGGGGGGGCAGGGCUACUACACGGGCAUGGCCAUGUACUACCACCUGUUACUGCAGGUGCCCUGUUUCUUUGUGGCGGUGGCCGUCAUGUUGUUCACCUACUCCCGGAUCCUGCAGGCCCUGAACAUCCGCAUCGGCUCCCACAUGAUGAGAGGCUCUCGCUCCAAAGACUCCACCUGCAGGAUCCGCUGUCGGAGGCAGAAGAAGCGGGACCUGAGCCUGCCCACAGAAGCAGCCUCCUCCAACCAGAACCAGAAUGCCUCCCACCCCCCACUCAUCCCCUCCCCCACCCCAACCCCCACCUCUCCACCCACGAUGUCCUCCUUCCCCCCGGGCAUGUCCGACAGUGGAGCAACAGUCACCACAGUGAGCACUGCAGCUACUACCCCUAUCGCCACCACGCCAGCCACCCCUGCCUCCCCCACCCAGCCCUCUGUGUCAGCCCAGACCCACAACACCCCACUGCCUGCCUCCUCUGUGGGGGUCCAGGCCUCAGUGUCCGCCAUCAUCGCUUUGAGGAGAGCCGUACGCAGACACAGAGACCGGCGGGAGCGGCAGAGGAGAGUGCUCAAAAUGUCGCUGAUCAUCAUCUCCACGUUUAUGGGCUGCUGGGCUCCUCUGUCUGCGGUGAACGUCCUCAUUCUGUGCAUGGGCCCCAGCGACGGCCUCGUGCGACUCCGGCUCUGCUUCUUGGCGAUGGCGUACGGAACUACAAUAUUCCACCCUCUGCUCUACGCGUUCACCAGGCAGAAGCUACGACGCGCUCUCAAAACACGGGUCAAGAAAAGGGUGGUGUCUCUAUUGCAGGUGGACCCAGCUCCGAGCGGGGGGACAGUCAUUCAUAACUCUUGGGUGGAGGGAGGGGGCCAGAGGAAAGCUCGGAAGUCCAGAAUGGAGGCCAGCGAUGGGACUGACCGCUGCCUGACAGAAGCAGUGAGAGAGUGACACUGUCGAAUUUGAAUGUGGACGAUGAUGAAAAGUGAUUCGAAUCAGAUAUUUAUUGUAAGGACACAUAGUAAAAUGGGUAACGACCUAUAAGAGCCAUUGCGUUUACAGAGGUCAUGAGGAAUCCUUGGGGUUUUCACGCAGAUUUACAUAAUUAGAGCUACUAUAAUAACACUUUACUCUUUACCAGCAGCACUCAACAUGGCAACGCCGCAGCAGCACUAUGACCACCAGUCGGACUCCCCGCGUGCACCCAUGGGUGUCAUGAAGCUCCCGUUUUAUACAUAACUGCUCCUGCGUGCACUUUUAACCUGCAUGUGCUUCUACCAACGCACAGAGGCAGAAAUCACUUGAACUCAAAACCACAUAUUAAAAUACCCUUACUGCAUUUGAAUUUUUUCUGUCAAAGCACACUGGUACCUACCUGCACAGAUUCUCUCAGCGAAGUAUAUACAUUAAAUGGUUGUUGUCCCCUAAUUUUUCAAUUUUUCAUGCCUUAAUUCGGUUAUUAUUAGUGAAUUCUAUGAGUAAAAUCCUUGUGGUGCUGAAUGUCUCACUAUAUGUUUACAAAGAUGUUUUAGUCUGCACAUAUCUUAAUCGUUUAACAAUAAUUUAAAUGCAGAUAAAUGCAAGAUAUCAAGUUUACAGGCAAGUUAACAGCAAACUGCAAAAAAAAAACAGAUCAAAUUUAAUUUAAAACAUGCACCAUAUCGUACUCAAAAGUCUCAAACAUAAGCUACAAGGCAUGAUUUUAAUUUUGUUUUUAAAUGAACCAUAUAUAGCAUCAGUAAUAUGAAUAAUACAAUACAUCUUUGGUAUGGGUGCGUUUCUCGGCUUGUGCAUGUGUGUGGUUGCAUAAUGGGGAUUUAAUAGGAGACACUGAAUACCUAAGAAGUUGUGCAAUAAACUACACAAUCACGAAGCAAUGACCCCUCUGGAUGUGAACGCAGAGAAUGUAGAAUGUAGAAGCACUCUUACUGCUCGUAGAUUAAAACAACAGGAGGCCUGAGCGGAGGGGACUAUAUCUUUUCAUCAAACAUCGCAUUAAACUGUAACUAUGUGUAUAUGACAAGCCACUGUAAUCUUGCUCCAGAUUUAUCACUUUACAAUGGAAAUCAAAGGGCAUUUCUAUGUGAAUCUUCCAUUGAGGUAAUCUCUUUGGGAAACGCGGGUCAAAUAGGGUCUGGAUUGUUCUGGAAAUGAGAGACUGCGUAAAAUGGGAUGUGUGCUGAGGGCAAAGUCUGGUUUAGCUGGUCGAGUCCUGGACACAUUAAACUUGUGUGUGUCUUUCUCCUCAGGGCUUCAAGUGUCAUUUUGAAAUGUGUUAAACCUUCGUCCAAAAGGCAGUGGCACGCUGUAAAAUGUAAA